AUUGUAAACAAAAAAUAAACGGUUUCCUUUUUCUGUGGUUUCACGUAAAUAAUAAAAUGAAUAAAGGAAAGGCUGUAAACGCGAAAAAAGUAUUAAUACGCAACAGUAAGCAAAGUUUACCAAAAACAAAACAAGAGAAUGAAGAAAAAACCGUUAAAAUAGCAAAAAGUACGGAAAAGAUCUCAAAAUGUGAAGAAAACGACGAUUUUGAACUUCCAGAACUUUACAGCGCGUUAAAAUUGGCGAAAAAGAUAGAAGAAAUAGGGAAUUACAAAAAAAACAAGAGUUCAUUCAAUAAAAAUGAUAAUAAAAUCGAAAAAUUGGCAAUAGACGAAAAAGUGACAAAAAAAAUGAAUUUUCCGUAUGAUCAAGCAAUAUACAGGGACUUAAUACAACUUAACUCACAUGGUCAUCAGAAUCAAUGUUUGAUAAACAAAAAUAAAGUUUUUAGUAAUGAAAAAGAUUUGGAACCGAAUUUGGCAGAUUUUUCAGAUAAUUAUGUCGUUAGAGAGCGUUUUUAUAAACCUAAUGUAAAUAGUUUGAAUAAAGGAUUAACCAAUUGUAAUAAUAAUAAUUUAAAAUUGUAUAAUAUUUUAAGAAUUCACGAAUAAAAAUUA